AUGCUGUCCCCGUUGCUUAUCAUCUUUGCUGCGCUCCUACUUGCCACCCUCACCUGGCUGAAGACGAGAUGGCAGAACCAAACCUUCGCCACCGCCCAUGGCUGCCUGCCUGCUCCUCGCUAUCAGCAGCCAGAGACAAUACUCGGUGUCCAGAACGUCGUAGAGGCCGCCAGGGCAUGGAAGGCUAACACCUGGUUGGAAAUGUGGUAUCACCGCUUCACUACCAUCGGGCCUACCUUUCAAGCUUCGUCACUGGGCCGGACCACCAUCUUCACCAUCGACCCUGAGAAUGUAAAGGCAGUCCUGGCCACCAAGUUCAAGCAUUUCGACCUUGGGCCGAGGCGUAUGAAAAUCCUGGGGCCUCUCACCGGGCCAGGCAUUUUUACAAACGAUGGCACGUCCUGGGAGCAUUCAAGGUCCCUCGUGCGGCCUACCUUCACCAAGGUCCAACCGGACCGGCGCUCCGGCUCGGUCGAGGCUGAUCUCCAGCCGCUGUUCUUCCGUCUCACAUUGGACUCGGCAACAGAGCUUCUACUGGGCCGGUCAUUCGGCUCGCUUUUGUCACCCCCGGGGUCCAACGCUCUGCGAUUCAUGCAUGCUUUUGACUACGCCCAGUGCCGAAUACACGUCCAUGGCCUGCGCGAGUCACCGGCACUACGUCCAUUCGCCUGGAUCCAGUCUCUCUUCGCCGCCAAGAAGAAGUCCAAGUUUGACGAGGCCUGCGAGACCGUCCACAGAACACUCGACGGGUCAUUGCCGAGUUCCUCGCGCGAGGAGAAAGAAGCUCCAGGUGGGAAGGAGAAGUAUGUCUUUCUCCACGAAAUCGCCAAUGAGACGCGAGAUCCCCUCCAAUUGAGGCACGAAACGUUGAACCUGUUGCUGGCGGGUCGUGACACCACGGCUGCUCUGCUGAGCAACACGUUCUUCGUGCUUGCCCGCCGCCCGGAUAUUUGGGCCCGCCUGAGAAGCGAAAUAGACCAGACGUUUGAGGGCAGUAUACCCGAUUACGACGGCCUUCGAACUGUCAAGUACAUCCGCAACCUUCUCAACGAAUCCCUUCGCCUCUAUCCGGUGGUGCCCUGGAACUCGCGCAUCGCCACCGAGAACACGACACUGCCGCACGGAGGCGGGCCUGAUGGGCGCUCUCCGGUCUUCGUACGAGCGGGUCAGCUGGUGAACUACCAUUUGUGGUCGAUGCAUCGGAUGCCUGAGCAUUUUGGCCCCGAUUCGCACGUGUUCAACCCGGACCGCUGGGACGACAGUACCCUGCGCCCAGGAUGGGCAUGUAUACCCUUCAACGGCGGGCCACCUAUCUGCGUUGGGCAGCAAUACGCCCUUACUCAGGCCGCAUAUGUGGUUGUUCGCUUGGUACAACAGUUUGAAUCGAUCGAAUGCCACGAUGCCAGCACGCCUUGGUCGGAACACGUUGGGCUGGUAACAAGCAGCCGUACAGGUACAAAGGUCUCCCUAAGACCGAGGAACAUGCCAAGAUGA